AUGGGCACAACCAGGUUCGGGCCUUCAAGUCGCCCACGCAUUGGGAUGCAUGAAAAAUGGGAUGACAUUCUACAGCUGCAGUGGGACGACUCGUUUAUUACACUCGGCAAAGGCUCCCGCACGAAAGAUAAGGUAAAGGAGUUGCUUGUGGGCGAGUGUGAUAGGUUAUUCACUGUGCGCAUCGACGACCAAGAGGACGAGACGCUAGUGGGCCAGGGGGAUGGUACAGACGGCGAAGCUGCUAUGGAAGUUCCGGAUGGAGGGAUUGCAAAGGAGUUUAGACGCAUAGAGGAGGUAACUCGACGUGUGCGAAAGGAGGCGGAAACGGCAAGGGCCGCAGACGAGCAGACAAGGAGGGGGGAGGAUCGGCAGAGUGCAGAGCGUGUGAAGAGGGCGAGGGCGGAGGGUGAGGCGACGGUAGGCAUGGAGGUGGAGAUGCAUCGACCUCACGAUGCGGCAGAAGGAGCCAGAGCCGCAGAGGAGCGAAAAAAAGCGGAAGAGGAACGGCAAAGGGUUGAGGACGCAGAAAGGGCCAUGUUGGAGGCAGAGGCGAACGAACGCAAAGAGGAGGAGGUGCGUCGUACAAUUGAGGUUGCUGAGAUGGCGACGCUGGCAGCAGAGAAACAAACACAGACGCUGGAGGAAGGUGCGAGUUUACGCAUCGAGGAGGAGGCGCGUCGUCAACUGGCAGCAGAAAGGGUGAAUGCCGCAGAGGAGCGAAAGAGAGUGGCAGAGGAAAUGCUGAGAACGCAGGCCGCAGAGAGAGCUAGGGUCGAGGCAGAGGCAAAAAUGUGGAUAGAGGAUGAGGCAGUUCGUCUGAGAGAGGAGGCAGAUAGGGCGACUGCUGCAGAGAGAUUAAGGCUGGAGGCAGCGAUGAUGGUUCGCAGAGAGGAGGAGGCGCGGCAUGCAAAGGAGGCGGCUGAGACGUCGCAGGUCGUAGAUGACUGGAAAAGGGCGGAAGAACGGCAGAGGGCAGCGGCCGCAUUAAGGGCCAGGUUGGAGGCAGAGGAUAAGCAACGCAAAGAGGAGGAGGUCAUGCGUGCGAUAGAUGAUGCAGAGAGGGCGAGGUCCGCAGAUGAGGGCAAGAGAGCGGAGCAGGAACGGCAGAGGGCAGAGGCUGCAGAUAGGGUGAGUGCGGAAGCAGCUGCAAUGAUUCGUGGAGAGGAAGAGGAGCGGCGUGCAAAAGUGGAGGCAGAUAAGGCGAAGGCCGUAGAGGAGCGAAGGAGAGCGGAACAAGAACGGCUGAGGGAAGAAGCUAAGGAGAGGGUCAGGACGGAGGCAGCAGCGAUGGUUUGCGGAGAGGAAGAGGCGCUGCGUGCUAGAGAGGCGGCAGAGAGGGCGAGGGUCGCAGAGGAGCGCAUGUGA